AUGACAACCUCUAAAGAUGAGCUCGUCAAUCGAGCUUUCGAAGACAUGCACAACGGCUUAUCCCAGCGCGCUGCAGCAAAGAAACACGGCAUCACCCAAUCCACCUUGUCACGUCGUGUGCGCGGCCCCCUAACGAAACGCAAAUCGAAGGUCUUGACCCAACGACUAUUCCCCUCACAAGAGAGAUUCAUUUGCAAACGGAUAUCGGACGAGGACAAGGCUGGCCGUGCUCCAAGUCGUCCUCAGGUGGUCGGGUUCGUGACGUCGAUAUUGAAAAGAGCAGGAGAUCAUGACAAGCUGGGGCCGCAAUGGAUAGACCUCUUUAUAAACAGGAAUCCCGAGGUAGGGACCAAAAUCUCUAGCUCUCUCGGGUCAGCGCGAGCUAGGGGGUCUACUAAGGGAUCAGUCACCACUUCCGAUUUAUUGGGAGACCAGAUUGGCGACAAUGCCCUGGACGACUCAGAUGCCAUGAUUAAUGACGAUGCCCUCCCUCCAUCACCAGCCAUAAAACCACCUAGAACACCACCCAGAGUCGAGGACUCAGAGGAUGAAAUUAUCUUCAACACUCCCAAGACGGGCAGGGAUGUGAUGGAAGCCAUCCAGGACGAGCUACCUAACAUGGAUCCUCAUCUCGCGAUGGUUUUCAUUAAAACGGCCAAAGCCCUGGAUAUCCAGAACGCUAAAGUCGCUGCCUUGGAGCGCCAAAUUCAAUAUCCCGAGGCCCGGUUGGAGUUACAGGGAGCCCGUGAGCCUUAG